CUUUCUAUAAUGGCCGAUUGUGUGCCUCGCAGCCUUGCUGCUAAAGCCGCCAUUUUUUCAUCCGUGUGAAUCCACAAGCACACGCCAACAAAAGAGAGAGAGGUUGGAACUGCUCCUGUUUCUAUUCAAACUUGAUUCUCCUGCAUACGUUACCUAACACACUAAUUCCCCACAUAUCAAGCUGAAACUCUUUUUAAGGAGGGAGAGAAUCUGUAUUCCGACAGACAGGGGAUAGAAAUUCCAAAAGAGAGAGAGAGAGAGGGAAAGAAAUAGAGAGAGAGAGAUGGGGAAGGCUAUGUUCUUGCUGUCAUUCGUCUUCUUCUUCCUUUCUGCAAACUCACAAUCGGAUAGUUGCAGCACCACCCUGCUCCUUACGCCGCCACUCCAAUUCAACACCACCUCUCUCAAUUGCCAAUCUGUGUGGAGCUCAGAGAACUUCUUACUGAGAUACGCGCAGACCUCACCGGGCCUAUGGAGCUUCGUGUUGUCGGCACCUGACACGAGCGCCUGGUUCGGGAUCGGGUUCUCGAGCAAUGGAAGGAUGUCGGGCACCAGCGCCGUCAUCGGGUGGCCGACCGGAAAUGGCGCCGGAGUGAUCAAACAGUACUACUUGGGAGGGUACAGCCGGAAGGCGGUACAACCGGACCAAGGGAACCUGGCCCUGGUGAACCCAACCUUUGUGUCCAAGGGCUCUACGCUGUACCUAGCGUUCCAGCUCAAGGUGGGCACACCCCAGUCUGGGCUCAUCUAUGCGGUAGGCCCGCAAAAUGCCAUACCAGCCUCAGAUGGCCUUCUUGACCCUCACAGGACCUACACCUCUACUAGUUUCAGUUUCUCAACAGGGCAGGGAUCACCAGUAAGCCCAGGAGGCCACGAAGGUUCAGACGAUGAUGAGUCCACCAGUGGAUCUAAGAACAGAGUAGUCUCAGGGGCAAGUUCAGCAUUUUUAACAACCAAGGCAACUCAUGGGCUGCUCAACAUAGCUGCAUGGGCCGUCAUUCUACCGCUUGGGAUCAUGGCAGCCAGGUACUUCAAGCACCUGGACCCAACCUGGUUCUACGCCCACUUGUCUCUCCAGAUGACUGGGCUCGGCCUGGCGAUAGCCGGGGUCCUCACAGGCAUUAGCCUUGAGAACGAAUUUGGUCUCGAAGUCGACAAACAUAAACUUCUCGGGUUCGUGGCCCUCGGCCUUGCAUGCGCUCAGGCCACUGCACUACUGAUUCGGCCAGACAAGAAGUCGAAGAUAAGGAGGUACUGGAAUUGGUAUCACCACUGGGUAGGAAGGAUUGCGCUUGUGAUUGGUGUGGUGAACAUCUUCUAUGGAAUCAAAGUGGGAAGAGUGUCCAAGUCAUGGAAUGGCUAUGUAGGCACUGUGCUAGCAGUAUUAGGGAUGCUUUCUAUCAUAUUGGAAAUAAGAAAAUGUCUGAAGAAAUAGAUAGUGGUGACCUUGUCCCCUUCACUACUCUUCCAUCUUCUUCUUUGUCAUCAUACUUAUAUAAGGUCCGACUUUUUGUAUUGGUUGUGCAUUACCAUUUUCAUCGUGCUCGUCACUGAUAGCUGACUGCUUCGUUUCUCCUUGUAUUCUUUU